UCGCCAAGCACUCGACGAAAACCUCAAUCAAAAAUGGCGACAGCAACAGCAAAAUGGCCGAGCUUCAAGUUCGCAACCCAUGCCUCGGUCUCAGAAUUCUGCGUCUCUUCUCAAGCGUACUUGGCGAACCAUCCAAGCGAGUACAGCCAGUAUCAACAUCUUGCCAUCGGUGCUUUGGUCUUUAAUCAUUCGACCCCAAGGCGGCUUCUCCUCAUCCAGCGCGCAGCUAGUGAUACCAUGCCCAAUCUAUGGGAGAUCCCCGGAGGUGGCGCCGACGAUGUAGACGAGACAAUUUUGCACGGUAUAGCCAGAGAACUGUGGGAAGAGACUGGCUUGAUGGCCACAAGCGUCGGACCGGAAGUGGGUGUCGGACAGAUGUUCACCGUUGGAUAUGCCAAACUAAACCAAGUGUGCUCAUACAAACCGUGAUACGAAAUUAAACCAAUAUAGCCAAACAUUCAAGGCAGAGUACCGAUAGUCAAAAGAAUCCUGGUUCUAGAGAUCGGUUUAUGGGCUAUUCUUUUGCACAUUGGAGAGAUAGAAAUUUGAACCAAGGCCUGCAUGGUUUGAUAUUCCCUCCUAGUACAUCUUUUUUUGAGAGAGACUUACUAACUUGGGUGCAAGAAAUAGCUUGGGUAUAAGAAUUGUUCAAAACCCUAGCUCCGGCCCCUGAUUCUUCGCGUCGACCUAGAUGCUUUCCAAGUUCUUUGCC